AUGUGGGCAGAGGCGGAUGGGAUCAGGGUGCUGCGGGGGAUGCGGGCAGAGGCGGAUGGGGUCAGGAUGCUGCGGGGGAUGCGGGCAGAGGCGGAUGGGGUCAGGAUGCUGCGGGGGAUGCGGGCAGAGGCGGAUGGGAAUCCAUUUUUGAAAAAUUUAGCUUACUGUAAAUGUGUAACUCAAAAGGAGUUUAUUUAUUUUGUAGGAGUUGGUGAUCUUCUUCACAAUAAGGUUCCGAGUGAGUUCCUCCGUGGUAAAGACAGAGAGAGAGCUGUCUUCACUGCAAUUCGACAGAAUUUGAAGAAAGCUAACUACCACAAUUUUGGCACAUUACUAGAAGCAUUCAGGCAUUAUGACAAGAAAGGAGAUGGGAGGAUAGACAAAGAAGAACUGAGGAAGUCUUGUUUUCAGCUAAAUAUCGAUCUAGAUGAGGAACUCCUGGAUGCUUUAUUUGAUUACUGUGAUUUGGAUAAAGAUGGUCUGAUUGAUUAUCUGGAGUUUGUAAACUUUCUUAACUGGAAAGACAAAAUGUCUGUUGAAGAAUUUGAAAAAAACAUAAUUACAAAAGGGAAAAAGCCAGAUGUUUCUGAGCCUUUCCUACCUGAAGAUGCAGAAAUAAAAACAAAUGAUGGAUCACUGUUGAAAGAUGAAGAUCUUGUAUCAAAGGAACCUGGAACCUCAGAAAAGACACCAAAAACUCUUACAAGACCAACAGAUCGGGUAUUUGCUGAUUAUCGCACAACUUCUUCUCAGUACAAUGCAACUGUAGGAGGUCUCCCUGCAACUUGUUACCCAUUAUGCGGCGUUCCAACCAUUCGUUCAGACAUUCCUGCCCCUCGUAUUCGCCGCAUCAGUGACAGAACUAAUUAUGGUGAUGAAGCCAAUGCUUAUGCAUUAUUAUGUCCAUCUGUCUUCAGCGAGAAAGGCGUAUAUGAGAGAGAUUUUUUUAAGACAAGACCAAAGGCAGAGAUCGCACAAAUUCUCCAUAACAUCGGAGUGAGCAUUUCAGAUCAAAACUUAGAAGAAGUAUGGAAGCAGGCCUGCAUGAAACAUCACAGAGAAGAGCCAGUAUUUCUGUGUAAAGGAAAAUCGUUCCUCUGCUCUUCUAGAAUUCCUUGUUGGUGUCAACAAAACGGUGGCUAAAGAUGAGCUAGUUACCAUAACUUAUUUGGAUUUACAAAAAAUCUUUGAGGCCCCUCACAGAGGAUACUAAGGAAAUAAAAUAAUAAUGGAUUGAGAUAUAAAGUAUUGACUGAGACAGCAAACAAAGCGGGGGGGAAAAAUAGCCAAUUUUCAACAUGGCAAAAGGUGAACAGCCUGAUACACCCAAGGUUAUGAUACUAGAAACCAGUAUUUAAUAUAUGUGAUCUGGAAAAAUGGAUGAACAUUCAGAUGCAAAAUUUAUAGAUCACACAAAAUUAUAGAGGUUAGAAAAGGCUAGAGAAGAUCAUGAGGAAUUUCAAAGGGGCCUAACCCUCAGUUCAUCAAUAGCAAAUACCUUUCAUUUGUCAACAAUUAAUUUUAAUACACAUUGGAAAGAAUGAUCUGAACUGUG